UGUUGUCGCUACGCGCACGUAGAAGCCAUUUUCAGCCAUUCUUCGGACACAUUUGGAAGCGAUCUUGUGCAGUGAAUACUCAAGAGCGGGUCAUUCUUUUUUCACGCGUGAUUAAAUUGUACAUCAUCGAUCACGAUUAAGAUAUAAAAUGGCAGAGGACAAAACAGAAUUCGAUUGGGGGAACGAGAAAUUGCAACGUGCUCAGAAGACCGUCGACAAAUCAUCGUACGACUUGGAAGCAUGGAGUAUUCUUAUCAGAGAAGCACAGAACAGACCUAUCACAGAAGUGAGGCCAGUAUUCGAGAAACUUGUUUCCGUGUUUCCAUCGGCUGGUCGUUAUUGGAAAAUUUACAUAGAACAAGAGAUGAAAAUGCGGAACUUUGAAAAGGUGGAAAAGCUUUUCCAAAGGUGCCUCAUGAAAAUAUUAAAUAUUGAAUUGUGGAAACUGUACCUUUCUUAUGUCAAAGAAACAAAAGCGAGUCUAACUACUUAUAAAGAAAAAAUGGCACAAGCUUACGACUUUGCAUUAGAUAAAAUCGGAAUGGACAUACACUCCUAUAGCAUUUGGAACGAUUACGUAAUGUUUCUGAAGAGCGUGGACGCGGUUGGAUCAUAUGCUGAGAAUCAGAAAAUUAGUGCCGUGCGAAAGGUCUAUCAACGAGGUGUGAUCAACCCCAUGAUAAACAUGGAGCAGCUGUGGAAAGACUACAUGUCGUUUGAACAGAACAUCAACCCAAUAAUCGCGGAAAAGAUGGCGAUCGAGAGAUCACGGGACUACAUGAACGCUAGACGCGUCGCCAAAGAAUUGGAAGCUGUCACAAGAGGACUGAAUCGAAGCGCACCCAGUAUCCCUCCAACUGGUCAUCCUGAGGAAGUAAAGCAGGUCGAGUUAUGGAAGAAAUACAUCGCGUGGGAGCGUAGUAAUCCUCUCAGAACAGAAGAUACUUCGCUCGUUGCGCGCAGAGUUAUGUUCGCGAUCGAACAGUGUCUUCUCUGUUUGGGUCAUCAUCCCGCGGUGUGGCAUCAGGCUGCGCACUUUUUAGAACUAAGUUCCAAGAUACUGACGGAAAAGGGGGAUGUAAACGCGGCUAAGAAUCUCAGCGACGAGGCCGCUACCAUGUUCGAGAGAGCUACGAACACGCUGUUGUCGAAGAAUAUGUUGCUGUACUUCGCUCACGCGGAUUUCGAAGAGGGCAGAGUUAAGUACGAGAAGGUGCAUCAGAUCUAUCAGAAAUUCCUCGAUAUACUCGACAUAGAUCCUACUCUGGCGUACGUACAGUAUAUGAAAUUCGCGAGAAGAGCGGAAGGUAUAAAGUCCGCGAGGACGGUGUUCAAACGAGCGCGAGAAGACGCAAGAUGCAAGCAUCACGUUUACGUUGCUGCCGCCUUGAUGGAAUAUUACUGCACUAAAGACAAAAAUAUAGCAUUCCGUAUUUUCGAGUUAGGUUUAAAGAAAUUCGGAGAUAAUCCUGAUUAUAUCCUCUGUUACAUCGAUUACUUAUCACAUCUAAACGAGGAUAACAACACGAGAGUCCUAUUUGAGCGAGUAUUAUCUUCUGGUAGUUUAGAGCCGGAAAAAUCAGUGGACAUAUGGAAUCGUUUUCUGGAAUUCGAAUCUAACAUCGGAGAUCUAGCCAGUAUCGUGAAAGUCGAGAAGAGACGAAGCGCAGUGUUAGAAAAGAUCAAGGAAUUCGAAGGCAAAGAGACUGCACAGUUGGUAGACAGAUAUAAAUUCUUAGAUCUAUAUCCAUGCACGCCUAUGGAACUGAGGUCGAUUGGUUAUAUGGAAGUGUCUAACGUUGCCAGAAACUCUAUAGGAGCUUUGCCCCGUGUACCUGAUCCGGAAGAAGCGAUCGCGUCUUUGCCAAGGCCCGAUUUAUCACAAAUGAUUCCGUACAAACCAAAAGUAAACGCCCUGCCUGGUGAACAUCCAGUACAAGGCGGUUCAUUUCCAUUACCACCGGCUGCGGCUCAAUUGUGCACUAUGUUGCCGCCCCCCGGUUGUUUCAGAGGCCCGUUUGUCGCCGUUGAUUUACUUAUAGAUGUUUUUAGUAGAAUCCAAUUACCCGACCAUGCUCCGUUACCUGUGGCGGAUAACGGUUGCGACACGAAGCUAUUCGACCUCGCGAAAUCCGUGCAUUGGAUCGUAGACGAGAGUAACGACGGCAUGAGCGGCGGAACGAAGCGUAGACGUACCCGUUUAGGUGGCGAUGACAGCGAGGAGGAAGAUUUACCACCUCCACCUGCGAACGACAUUUAUCGCCAAAGACAACAGAAACGAGUGAAAUGAACGCGAGAGAUGUAGGAAAAAGAUGUUGAUCAUAAGUAUAUGUUGAUAUGAUGUCGAUUUGAUAUCGAUGUGAUAUUUUUACAUAUUAUUUCGUUCCUCGCGGGAAUAUCGUUGCCUAAUUGAAUUAUUACUGCGAGACGUAUAACAAUUACUAAAUUCAUCAUGUGACGCUGUGCACGAUAUUUUCGAGUGCUAUGUACUCAGAAAUCUCAUCAUUGCAUAUUAGAUAUAUAUUCUUUUUCAUAUAUGCAUACGAUUGUUUAUAUGACGUUACAAGAAGACGGAAUUAAAAACUAUGUAAUCAAAUGUAUCCAUUUCACGCGAUAUGUUGUGUAAAAUAAAUAAUAUAAGUUUCAUUUGUAUUAAUAUGAUAAAAUUCAUAUUAAAUAAUGUUAUUUUUUAAAUAAACUAUAGCAAUAUAUUUGCAAUAUCAAGAGAGAAAAAUACUGCUCAUAAUUCCUAGUAAAAAAGAAUGUAUAAUCCAUACAUAGAAUAAGUCGGCGAGUUUUCACGAUUUUUACGUAAAUACCGAUCUUGUCGAAAUAUCACGACGCAUUUUUACAAAUUAUUUUGCUGAAAAAGAAGACAUUCGAUGGACAAAUAAAAAGCUGGACGCGGAUGUGAUCCUUUUGGGAAAGAGACCUCCGAAUUAAUAUAGUGCGAUGUUUUCCAUUCGAAGAAAAUAAUACGGUCGUUUUGUUAUACGCGAUCUGCAACUUUGAUUAGUCUGUAAGCUUUAUUAUUAACGAUUGUCGAAAUUGUAUCUACUAUUUUCAGCCCAAACUUUUACCUUAAUAUUCAUUUAAAUAUAUGUAACUCACCAUACAGGACCAAUAAACGGUUAAUGUGAUCUUA